AUGAAGCUCAACGCCUUUUUCGUCGCGCUCGCCAUCGCAAGCAGUGUGUCCAUCCAUGCUGCGCCUUUGAUCGAGCCUCGAGGCUUCAAAGAUGCCUGGAAGGCGGUCAAGUCGGCCAGCGGCAAGAUGCUCGGCAAGGACAGUGCCUACGAGCAGAGGAUGAGCGAGCCGUUCUACUCGCCUGACUAUGUUCCUCAGCCUGGCUACGAGCAAUAUGGCAAUCACGCUCAGACUCCCGAAGGGUUCAUGAAUAAGAAGUUGCAGGAGAAGAAGGCAAGCAAGAACAAGGGUUCUGUUGAAGGCAGUUCUUCCACGGCCUAUGAAGCGCCUCCAUCCCAUAGCUACGAAGCGUCGCCCGAACACGCUCCUUCGCGCGAAUCCAGCCCGGAGCCGAUGAGCCCUCCUCGGGCCCAGCAGAGCACACCUGGUGGUGCGAUGGUGCCGUAUGUUCCGCCUCCUGCCCCCGCUCCCGAGCGACCCUACCAUCCCUUCGAGUACACCGGACCCAACCAUCCGUACGCUCCUGCUCCGGCUGAGUACAGUCACUACGGUCAGCCAUACCACCCGCCGCCCGGGUACGCCCCUCAGUACGGUCAUUCUCCGAGCUAUCCUUCCUACGAUCUGACACCGGGCUACACCUAUCGCCCCGGGCAUGCCCAUCCGGACAUGGCCUAUUCGCAAUAUGGCAACAACUAUCACUACAUGCACGGCGCCCCGGGCGAGCAUGUCCCACCUCCUGACCAGACCUACCACGGCUACCCUGGAGGUGGCUGGUAG